CAGUCGAACGGAAAUUUCUCAUGUUCAUAUGAUUGUUUAUAUGCCAAUUGCGACUGCAAAUAUUGUUGAAUUAUCUUGGCUUCCAGUUCUCGUAUUAUGACUGAACUUUGGAAAUGUGCUAAACAGUAGAAGAAGUUUCAUCAUGUAAACGUUGCUGCAUUACACCAUAUAUAAGUAAGAAAAUAAAUAAACUUAAAUCAUGAAAACUGUUUUAUCAUUAGCGAUUGUUUUCGUCAUUCUGACGUCAACAUGCGUUGCCGGUGAACGUCUGAAACGUGAUGAAGCGACCGGUAACUCUUUCGGUGAUAUGUUUAAUAAAUUUAUGGCGGCAAUGUUCGGUACAGGAAAUAAAAAUGACGACGCCGCAAUUGAUGCCAUUAAGAAUAUUACUGCAGAUAAUGGAACAAAUGCAACAAAUGAUACAGUGAUACAAAAGAUUUUUAAUGACGUAACUGAUUCAUUGACAUCAGAAACGGUCAAUGAUGCAACAGAUGAUACGUCAUCUCCUUCUUCCCCGUCGUCAUCAUCGUCUGGAUCAUUUACGUCGGAAUCCUCAUCGACGUUGUCGUCAACAUCUUCAACGAAAUCAACGUCACGAAGUGGGGACUCUUCUAUGAUGUCAUCCGAUUCGUCAGCGUCCUCAACGACGUCACCAAACUGGAUAACAACGAUCGUAGAGGAUACCAGGUGCUUCUCAGAAGCUGUGCUACAGAAUUUCUGUUCAGUUGGGGCUGAUCUGGUGGAUGUAUCGUUCUGGGAUCUUUACUCUGUCCUGUUCUCCGACACCGUUAUUGACGCCCUCAUGAUCGGCUGUACCCGGGGUAGCUGGUGUCUACAGGACCGUUUUGACUACUGGGAAGCGUUGGUCGUUGAGCGUGUUGACAUGGUGAUGAACUCUGAGAUAGCGGCAGAUAUGUGCCGCCCCGAGAUUCGCCCAUGUCUCGACACUGUCAUCGAGAACUUCAGGGAUUGUGACGCAUUCCUGCAAAUGGAGUACACAGUGGACGCCCUGCAGCUCAUCUGUGACCUGAAGCAGAACCCAUCUCUGACGUCAGAAUGCUACAAGCACGCGCUCGCCGCUCUACACGUCACACUGGCUGACAUCAUGAGGAGAAACGAGAGCAGCCUACAGAAUGCGAAAGAAGACAUCUGUAAGUCUCCUGAGGAACAUAUGACGAGAGGACUUAUCUGCGUGACCAACUCGUGUCCGAGUGAGAUACAGGCCUUCAACGGUUUCGGUCCCUGGUCGUGGUUUACUUCCGUGGUUGAUGACCUCAUUGACCGAUGUGACCUGGAUCCCAACAAGUGUCUCGCCCUGCUUACGCCACAGGCAGGAAGGUUGUAUGAGGGAGAACUAGGAACGCUGGUGGGCGUCAGCGUGGUUACCAUGGUAACAGCGGUCGUGCUCGCCAUUGCAGUUUGCACGUGCUAUAAACGUCACCGCCGGAAUGCCGUCAUCAAGGACGGCUACCAGCAGCUGCUUAACGACGUCGACGAAUCGUAAAACCUUUCUACGAUGCCGUAAUUUCAAAACGUUUUAUCGUCGGAUACAAAUAAUACAUUGUUUCUUCAUGUAAACGAAAUAAACCACUCGGCUGUCAAUGUUGGAAAUGCGAGAAUAAAUUUGUUCCCUAUAUUGACAUUGAAACUUAAAAUGGGCGCUAAAAAUACAUAAAAAACUAUUCGGUUUUCUGUGACCUCAAUUUAAUGUUUGUGCAAUUUUCUGAUUCUAUUCAAAUAAAUAAACUUAUUAAAGAAAAGUGG